GUCGCCGAUGCCACUGUCGAAGUCGAACAUAACGAAACUUGAGCACGAUUGAGAAGUACGUACCACACCGCGAACACCAUUGCUGACGAUAUUGUUGGUGUGAUCUGAUUGUUAGCCACAAGAGAAGCCGUCGCAAAAUUCGUCAUUAGCCAUGGAGAGAAUGUCGGGCGUACUUUCCAAUUUCUGGCCUUGGAAUAGGAAUACUAACGAGUCGGGCAGUGGAGAGAGCAGAGAAGAGCGCAUUUCGCGGGUGAUGAGGCCCUACGAAGCCCUCGUGGUCAGAGUGCAGAGCUUGCUCAUCUGGGAAAAUCCGGUCAUGAGUUGCAUUUUCGUCGUUGGAGUCAAUCUGCUUUUCUGGCUCGUGGUCACCCUGGAUUUCAGGUUUUAUUCACUCGCCAGCCUGAUCAUGCUGUUUGUUUUCCUCUACAACCUUUGGUUCGAGCAAAUUUGGCCCGAAAUUAGAGUGCCCCCGAGGGAGGCUCCCGAUACCGAAGGCUGGACUCCCCUCCACCCUGGAGUGCUGAGUGUUCCUGAAAUCAGCCACCAUGUUAACAGACUGCAGAGCUUUGCAUCCACACUAUACAAUGGUGCGAAAAAUAUGCGACAGGAGCAACCCGGCCAGUUUUGCAUCACGGCCUCCGUUGCCUUGCUCUUCCUUCUGUUCGUUGGGAGGACCGUGUCAGGCGUUGUUCUGUCAUACAUUUCCCUGAUGGCCGCCGUCCUUCUUCCUGGCGUUUGCCUACAUCUCUUGCCCUCAAACACUUUGGACAGAGUAAGCGAGGUCAAGGAAAAACUUCUGGGCCUCAAGGCGAUUUUGUUCUGCGAUGAGAAAGACACAACAAUGACUGACUCAGACUCACUGGUGCCUGAAGUGAAACCAGAGGACAUGUCGUUGUUUAACAUCCACGCAGAGGAGGAGCGCAAUGACGAGGAUGAAGAAAUUGCCAAACUUUAUCCAGCCGAAGAAAUUCUGGCCGUGCAGGAAAGCUCUGUUCUAGACUCCCAAGUGCACUCUCUGACUCCCUCCCUGAGCGCCAUGCCGGCGCACGAUGAGGAGAGCAUGGACUGCGCAGACCUGCCAGUCGAUCCUAUUGAUGAAUCUCAAGAUCUCUCGAGUCCUCCUGAGAACGUCACCGGUAUCCGGUUCAGGUCGAAACACUUCAACAGAGACGACAGCUCAGACGAUGACAGCUUCUCUAAAGGUCUCACCUUCACUGACACCUUGACUGCCGCGCCAAUUCGCCCAGAGCCUCAAGAGGCUAACUUGGGGCCAUUCGGCGAAUUGAUGCAGAGGGUUGCUGUGGAAAAUGUAGCUAAGACUCUAGUGGAAGCGAUGACUUCUGUCGCGCACAGUGUGGUAUCUUCCGCAGCGCCUCAGACGAAGCCUUCUACUUCGGCGGCGGACAGUGACGACGAAUUUGGAGACUUUGAAAUCAUCAACGGAGAGGAUCUCCCUAAGUUCUCUCUGGGGUCUGGGCUGGUCGUAGGCACGGGUGAGCUCUCUGCUGCAUUGUUUGAGAAAUUCUUCGCAAAAUUGCGAUUUAAUUUGGAAAUCAGAACAAGCAAGUGCACAACUUCCAAAAUGGUGCUGUCAACUGUAGCUCAGUUUGACGAAAUGUGCCGACUGGGUGCAUGUCUCUCAGAAGGCGUUGAAGAAGAUUUUCUUACUUUCGCUACAAACCAAGAGGAUUGCAGAAAACAGUGGUUGCAAGCUGUUUUUGAGUGCCAGAGACUGCAGGAGAAGCUUGCUGACAGCAAUCAUGCGUUGACAGAAAUGGAAAACAAGCUGGAACAUGCGAGAAAUUUGUUGGACCAGGAGAAAAGACAGAGGAGGAAAAUUGAGCAUGAGAGAGACUCUUUGGACAAACAAAUUUCGCUUGUUCGUGAAAUGCUGGAAAACAACAAAGUGAAUGACGAAACCCGAGAAAAGUUGGCAUUCCUGGGAAACAUAUCCACAAAUAUUCAUAGAGAAAGUGAGGUUCGAAACAUCCCAUUACAAGUGAUCAACGAACUGGAGACGACUGGUUCAAUACUAUCUGAGCUGGGAUAUUCUCAAUCUGAUGAUGACCUGGAGGUGUCUGUCCUUCGCAAUGGCAAGUCAAGGCGUCGAUCUUCCCGGCCUUGUCUUCCUGAUGACGCUGCCUUUGUGCAGCCCAAACGCAGAAGGUCCAGCAAGACUAGAAAGUCAAUUGAGAUGGACAUCUCUGGGGGGCACCUGAUCGCCACAACCACAGUCACUGUGACACCUCAAGCCCAAGUGAAGGCGAGCUCUCAGCUUGAGGCCAUUCCCUCCAGGCAGAAGAACUUUGCGCCUUCUGCACCGCCGUUGAACGAUUCAACCUCGCCAGUUUCCGCAGAAGACUCGUUCUGGAAGAAAGCAGGCCCGAGCAACGUCUUCGGCCCUGGUGGAGACGGAAUUGAUCAGCCGGCCAUCAUUGGCCUGCCUUCGACUCUGGGACGCAUGAACUCGCGCAACCAUGUCUUCUGCGCCAAGAAUGUGCUCAUGCCAGAGAUGUGUGGACCGUGCGGAAAGAAGAUCAAGUUCGCUGCUAAGGUCCUGAGGUGCGUCGAUUGCAGGGCAAUUUGCCACCCUGAGUGUAAGAAUGAUGUGCCGCUGCCUUGCGUUCCCAUGGGCCUCACUCCCAUGAAGAAAAUGGGAUGCGUUGCUGACUACACCAGCAUGACUCCUCCAAUGGUGCCUGCAAUUGUGGUGCAUUGCAUCCAGGAAGUGGAGAAAAGAGGGUCCACUGAGAUAGGCAUUUACCGAGUGCCAGGGUCUGAGAAAGAAGUGAAAGCUCUCAAGGAGCGCUUCUUGAAAGGCAAAGGUGCACCAGACAUCAGCCAGACUGACAUCCACACCAUCUGUGGAGCCCUGAAGGAAUUCCUUCGUUCGCUUAAGGAGCCGCUCAUUACCCAGAGCCAGUGGAAGGACUUCACCCGGGCUUGUGAGCACCGUGACGCUGCUGAGGUCACUGCAGCGCUCUACACAGCAAUCGCAGAGUUGCCGAGACCUAAUAGAGACACCCUGGCCUAUUUGAUCAUGCACCUGCAGAGGGUCGACGGAUGGAAGGAGUGCAAGAUGUCUAUCGACAACCUGGCGAAGGUCUUUGGCCCCACCAUAGUUGGCUACUCCGCUGACGACAUGGAUGCCAUGAGAAUGGUCACUGAGACCAGGAUGCAGCAAAAUGUGAUGAGUGCCCUCCUCAAAAUUCCCUCUGAUUACUGGGCCAAUUUCCUUAACAAGGAGUCAGACCAGCUGUCUACACCAAAGGCUUUGUAUUCGACCCCUUCAUCUGCCUCUCUGCGUAGACAGUCCUCCAUCAACAAGCCAGGCUUUUUUACCAACACGCCACGAUCGGCUAGAAUGCUUCUGGGCAAGAAGGACAAGUUUUUCUCCACCCCUGACAAGUUCUAGGAAAGUGGUAUGACAGACAUGUGUCAACUUUUCUGUGUAUUUGUAUAUUUUUACAUUUAAUAGUUCUUAAAUGUAAGCUCUUAUAUUAGAAAAAUCUGUACUUUUAAGUGAUGGGCCUUCAACAGCGGUAAAUCGUAUGAUUAUUUGUGACUAACCAAAUAUUAUGAAGAUAAAAUACCUAUACUCAUAACGAACCAAUAAAAAUCUGCACAUACAUGUA